UAUUAUUAUGUCUAUGGUUAUCUGUCUACAAUUGUUUCGUAGCGGCUUCCGUUGAACUAUAGAACGAAACUGGGUCUCAGAUUAAUAAAAUUAAUGAGCUCAGCAUCUGCAGUUCGGUUGGUUCAAUGGUUUAUUAAUACUGUACAUCGAAAAACAUGACGUUUUUCCAUCAUAAAUACAAAAAUCAAUCAUGAAGGUAAUAAUAUCGAAGUGCAUGAUGUUUCUCUUAAUGUUUUCCAUUUGUUCAAUGUCUGUGAAUGGAGUACCAAACACUAAAGAACCGGUUUUAGAAAAAUUACAAGCGCAACAGCAACAUUUUAGGGGUGAAGAACAUAAUCCAGAUUAUGACCAUGAAGCUUUUCUUGGACAAGAAGCUGAAGAAUUUGAUAAUUUGACGCAAGAAGAAAGUCAGAGGAGGCUUAGUGUAAUUGUCGAUAAAAUUGAUAAGAACAAUGAUGGAUACGUAACGCAAGAAGAACUUAAAGAUUGGAUUAAAUUCACUCAAACUCGUUACAUAAUGAAUGAUGUCCACAGCCAAUGGGAUAACCACAAAAACUUGGAAAAUGAUAAGUUAUCGUGGGCAAUAUAUAGAAAAGAUACAUAUGGAUUUAUGUCUGAUGAUGAAGCAAAAGAAGCACAUAAAUCUGAUGAUUCCUAUACGUAUGCCAAAAUGAUAUUAAGAGACAAGAGAAGGUGGGCAGCAGCUGACGUAGAUGGUGAUGGUCUAUUGUCUAAAGAGGAAUUUAUCUCAUUCUUGCAUCCUGAAGAAAGUGUUCACAUGAAAGAUAUUGUUGUCUAUGAAACUAUGGAUGAUAUGGAUAAAGAUAAAGACAAUAAAAUAUCAAUGGAUGAAUAUAUUGCUGAUUUGUUUCCCGGUGUGGAGCCAAAUGAAGAACCAAAUUUCAUCAAAAGUGAAAUAGAACAGUUUAAGACAUACAGAGAUAAAGAUGGUGAUGGGUUUUUGGACAUUGGAGAGAUCAAAGAUUGGAUAUUACCUGACAAUUUUGAUCAUGCUGAAGCAGAGAGCAGACAUCUUGUUUAUGAAUCCGAUUCAGAUGCUGAUGGCAAAUUAACUAAAGAAGAAAUAUUAGCAAAAUAUGAUUUGUUUGUUGGAUCCCAGGCAACUGAUUUUGGAGAGGCCAUUAUGAAACACGAUGAAUUAUAAAAAAAUAAAUAAAUUUUUGAAUAUUAUUUAUAAUUUAUUUUCAUAUAAUGAGUCAAUAUAUUUAAUAUUUAUAUACAUUAUAUUAGUGUAGUAACCUUAAAAUAUAAUUUUUGUUUGUAUACGACAUUUACUUAAAUAUUUAAUAAUUAUUAUUAAAUAUUAAAAAUUAAGAUCUGACUGAAUCCUUAUGCCAAAACUGUUUUUUCUUAUAUAUGAUACUAUUUUAUUUUUACAUAUUUAUAUCUGUUUGAUAAUUUUAGAUUUUUUAUACUUUAAAAAUAUAAAACUGUUAUAUUCUA